AUGCGGACGCUUGCACUCGCGAGAGAUGUGCAGGUUUUGGGGACGCCACUUUACGGAAGCAUGGGUGACGCUGAUAAAUUCGCGGAAAUCCGCGAAAAGAAAGCGAAGAACUUGAUGAGAGAGCUCAAAAUUCAGAAGCUCUGCCUCAACAUCUGCGUGGGAGAGUCCGGUGACAGGCUGACUCGCGCUGCAAAGGUGUUGGAACAACUAACUGGGCAGACCCCUGUGUUCUCAAAAGCCAGGUACACAGUCCGAUCCUUUGGCAUUAGAAGAAAUGAGAAGAUCGCCGUGCACUGCACUGUUCGCGGACCUAAGGCUGAAGAGAUUCUUGAGAAGGGUCUGAAGGUCAAGGAAUUUGAGUUGUACAGAGAAAACUUCUCGGAUUCAGGAAACUUCGGAUUCGGCAUCCAGGAGCACAUCGAUCUCGGUAUCAAGUACGAUCCUGGAAUCGGAAUUUACGGUAUGGACUUCUACGUGGUCCUUGAUCGCGCGGGUCGUCGUGUUGCCAGAAGAAGACGCUGUCCUGGUCGCGUUGGUCCCAGCCACCGUGUAUAUCGUGAGGAGUCCGUCAAGUGGUUCCAACAAAAGUAUGAUGGAAUAAUAUUGCCACCCAAGCCCAAGGUCAAGCGCUCUAUGCAUCGCAGAAGAUAACUGUUUCAUAUUUUUUUGUUGAUUAUAAAUUGUUGUUUACCUUU